AUGGGGAAGCCGGCGAAGAAAGGAUGCGACCCCAAGCGCUUCCUGAAGAAUAACUGGCUGCUGCUGUCCACCGUGGUCGCGGUGGUACUAGGCAUUGUCAUCGGAGUUUUGGUUCGAGAAUACAGCAGUCUCUCAACUUUGGAUAAAUUCUACUUUUCUUUUCCUGGAGAAAUUCUGAUGAGGAUGCUGAAGCUUGUCAUUUUGCCGUUGAUUAUCUCCAGCAUGAUCACAGGUGUUGCCGCGCUGGAUUCCAACGUAUCCGGGAAAAUUGGGCUGCGUGCUGUCGUGUAUUAUCUGUGUACCACCAUCAUCGCUGUCAUUUUAGGUAUCGUGCUGGUGGUGAGCAUCAAGCCGGGCGUCUCCCAGCAGGUGGGUGAGAUCGACAGGACGGGCAGCACCCCUGAAGUCAGCACAGUGGAUGCCAUGUUAGACCUGGUCAGGAACAUGUUCCCUGAGAACCUCGUGCAGGCCUGCUUUCAGCAGUACAAAACCUCGCGUCAAGAAGUGACACCUUCCAACAGCACAGGGACGAAUGCCACUGAAGAGCCCGUCACAGCCGUCAUGAUGACCACAGCCGUUCCUGAGAACAGGACAAAGGAAUACACCGUCGUGGGCCAGUAUUCGGACGGCAUCAAUGUCCUGGGCCUGAUUGUCUUCUGCCUGGUCUUUGGACUCGUCAUUGGGAAAAUGGGUGAAAAGGGACAGAUCCUGGUGGAUUUCUUCAACGCCUUGAGUGAUGCAACCAUGAAGAUCGUCCAGAUCAUUAUGUGUUACAUGCCGCUCGGUAUCUUGUUCCUGAUUGCGGGGAAGAUCAUAGAAGUGGAAGACUGGGAGAUUUUCCGCAAGCUGGGUCUUUACAUGGCUACUGUCCUGAGUGGGCUUGCCAUUCACUCCAUUAUAAUCCUCCCGCUGAUAUAUUUCAUCGUGGUACGCAAGAACCCUUUCCGGUUUGCCAUGGGCAUGGCACAGGCUCUUCUGACGGCACUCAUGAUCUCUUCCAGUUCAGCAACACUGCCUGUCACCUUCCGCUGUGCAGAAGAAAAGAAUCAAAUAGACAAGAGGAUCACGAGGUUCGUGCUGCCCGUGGGAGCCACGAUCAACAUGGAUGGGACCGCAUUGUAUGAGGCCGUGGCAGCCAUAUUUAUCGCACAGCUGAAUGACUUAGAUUUGACCAUCGGGCAGAUCAUCACCAUCAGUGUCACAGCCACGGCUGCCAGCAUUGGAGCGGCCGGUGUGCCCCAGGCUGGCCUGGUGACCAUGGUGAUCGUGCUGAGCGCUGUGGGCCUGCCAGCGGAGGACGUCACGCUCAUCAUUGCUGUCGACUGGCUCCUGGACCGGUUCAGGACCAUGGUCAAUGUCCUCGGGGAUGCUUUUGGUACAGGCAUUGUGGAAAAGCUCUCUAAGAAGGAGUUGGAGCAAAUGGAUGCCUCUUCCGAAGUGAACAUCGUGAACCCUUUUGCUUUGGAAUCUGUGCCCAAUGAUAGUGAAGACUCGGACACCAAGAAGUCCUACAUCAAUGGAGGUUUUGCCGUGGACAAGUCGGACACCAUCUCAUUCACGCAGACCUCGCAGUUCUAGU